GGGUUGGACAGGUUAUCCCCAGGGGUGGGGAAGCGGAGGCCCAGUAGUAGGGGGGAGAAAAGAAGGCCGACGAUCCUGGCUACAACUCUGAAUCCGAUACCGAUUCUCUCCGGCCUCAGAGACACAGAAAACGAGAAAGGGUGUCUCAUCCCCCCUUCCCUCCUUCCUCUCCUCAGCUUUAGCCAUGGCGGAGGCAGGAGCCGGGCUGAGUGAGACCGUCACUGAGACAACGGUUACCGUGACAACCGAGCCCGAGAACCGAAGCCUAACCAUCAAACUUCGGAAACGGAAGCCAGAGAAAAAGGUGGAAUGGACGAGUGACACUGUGGACAACGAACACAUGGGGCGCCGCUCAUCAAAAUGCUGCUGUAUUUAUGAAAAACCUCGGGCCUUUGGUGAGAGCUCCACAGAGAGUGAGGAGGAGGAGGAUGAAGGCUGUGGUCAUACACAUUGUGUACGGGGCCACCGCAAAGGACGGCGUCAUACAACCCCUGGACCGACACCCACCACCCCUCCCCAGCCUCCCGACCCCUCCCAACCCCCUCCAGGGCCAAUGCAGCACUAAAUUCCUCUCUCCCCUGCCAUUCCCAUGUCUGUCUGGCCCUGAAUGUAUCCACGUGGCUAUCUGGGGACUAUACCCAUGGUUUGAGCCUUCUUCCAGCCCUCUCCUUCCCUCUCCUCUGCCUGAGAGAAGAAAGAGAAACAAGAGGGUGAACAGUGAUCCUGGAAUUCUGACUUGCUGCUAUUCCAGAACCCAGACUCCUGGGUUCUCCCAACCCCCAUUUCUCCUCCCAGUACCGCCUCUCCUUUCUCCAGGGAUCCAGGCAUCUUGGGCCCAGUCUCCUUCCUUUGUUCUCACUGCCAAACUGCCUGUCUUGGAAUCUAGUUAUCUUGGCCACCCUGCAAUCUCAACAUGACUUCUGAACACUUAAAUUGGGUUUUCAACAGUCCCAGCUUUCACUGCCAGGGUCCCAAUCAGAUUCCAUGCAAUCUCGCCCCAGCUAUGCUUGUUAAUCCUGGCUUAGAGCUCUUCCACUGAUGUGUUUAUAUAAUCCCAAUUCUUAGUCCAUGCCUGUGGGAUAUAAGGUCUUAGGGGAGACCUCAGAGCUCCUAGCCCUUUCUCUCCUACCUGCACCCGUUAUUGCCAAAAGGAAUGAGGAGAGAGGUCUUUGUCGUCCCCUUAAUGGAAAAUGGAAAAAGAAAUAGUCCUGUCCUCUCUCCCUCUUCUCAUCCAAUCUAGGUUUUCUGACAAAGCUGGCUUGAGACUGGUCACUUAGAACAAACUCUCUCUUCAGCCUUUGGGUUUCGGCUUCAGAAACAUCCACCAUAGUCCCAGGGGCCUGGGUCCCUGGGAGAGGAAGGAAAAGGGAAGGAGCAAAGAGGGGUGCGUUCCUACAGCACACUCUUCCCCUUCCUGCGCUAACGUCCGGCCCUCCUGGCCCUCCCCUCCCCUUACUGGGAUCUGGCUAUCACUUCCAGGCCUCUCAACAUGCAGAAAUCAGUCAAAUCCGUACCACCACUGAGAUCUCAUUUAUUGCCACAGAUGCACAAAAUAAAUAACCCAACAUCAAAAAUGUGUUAAA